AUUGCUAACGGCUCUCAGGUGUGUUCCCACCUGGCCUCACCUGUGCAGGUGGGAGCAGCUGCUCUGGGAUCAGUCGUCUGCCUGUAUAAAAGCAGGCAGGUCUCAUGGAGCUGGAAGGACUCUGCAGGAGGAGAACAUCUUCCAGAACAUUAAAGAACCAACAGGAACGUCCAGCAUCAUGUCUGCCUGCAGGCUGGGUGUGUCUCUGGGGAAUCUGGCUCUGACUCCGGAGAAGGUUCCGGGCUUCCUGAUCCCGUCGGCCUGCAGGACGCCGCUGCGGCUCCGCUCCCCUGGCGCCGGCCGGGACAGUCCGGACCGCCGGCGGCUGCUGUCUGACGACUCCGCCGGCAGCGCCGACGGUCCGGGGAGCCCCGCCCACCCGGCGGCCCUGCGGCUCCGUGUCCCGACUCCUGGUUUGAGGGACAGACGUCGCCGCCGCGGCGCCGCGGUCAACCCCGAGGUGGACGUGGACCCGUCCACGCGCGCCGCCAUGUCGCUGCCGCACGUGGGGAAGGUCACCACGCCGUACGGCUUCCGGGCCGUGCUGGCGGCCAGCCCGUGCACGCGCCGCCGCGAGUCUCUCUUCCACCAGAAGAAGGUGACUGUGGAGGUCAUGGACACCGACGGCACAGACGCAGAUGAGCGGGGGCCCGCCGGCGGCCCGGUGGACCCGGCGGCGGGGCCUCCUGGCGGCUCCCGGCGCCUGGGGCCCGUUAAGGCCCUGCGGCUGCAGCUGGUGAAGGAGCUGAAGAGGCCGCUGAGGGCGCUGAGCCCGGCCAGGAGAACCCAACCACACUGAGAACAGAGAACCCUGAGAGAACCCAGCUGACUGUUUAACCCUGAUUUUAAUGUUUAAGUUAUUUUAAUAAACUUUUUCAAAUGA